CUACAGCCCAGCGGAGCCUCCGAGCGCGGCGCGCCAUGGCGUGCGCGGGGCUGCUCGCCAUGUGCCUGCUCCGGCCUCCCGUGCCUGGGCCCCCGCGGCCCGCCGCGCCCGUCGCCAGGCCCGCCGGACACGCGCUCUUCCAGGACGUUUUCCGCCGAGCUGACAAGAAUGACGAUGGUAAGCUCUCCUUUGAGGAAUUCCAGAAUUACUUUGCCGAUGGGGUUCUCAGCCCAGGGGAGCUGCAGGAACUGUUCAGCGGCAUUGAAGGGCAUCCCACCGACAAUUUAGAGACAGAGAAACUGUGUGAGUACUUUUCAAAGCACCUGGGUGUCUACCGUCCUGUGCUGGCUGCGCUGGAGGCACUAAACCGAGCUGUGCUCACUGCCAUGGAUACCACCAAGCUGGAGUAUGAGCAGGCCUCCAAGGUGGACCAGUUUGUGACACGCUUCCUGCUGCGGGAGACAGCCAGCCAGCUCCAGGCUCUGCAGAACUCUCUGGAAGGGGCAUCAGACACCCUGGAGUCCCAGGCCUGUGGCCCACCAUAUACCAGGGCCUUGCCAGCCUGCAGGUCUGGAGCGUCAGAUGAAGAGCAUGUGGAAGUGCAGAGCAGGCCUCGUGGCAGCCGGCGAGCAGGACGCAGGACCCUGAGAAGUGUCAGCCAGUCACCCACUUGGUCUCCUGGCUCUUCUGACAUAGGGCAGAGCUCAGAGGCUGAGAUACAGUGGCAGCUUCAGGUCAACCGACUUCAGGAGCUCAUAGACCAGCUUGAGUGCAAGGCCCCCCGGCUGGAGCCUCUGCAUGAAGAGGACCUCUCCAAGGGUCCUGAUUUGCACAUCCUCGUGGCCCAGCGGCAGGUGCAGGUGGCAGAAGCUACCCUACAGGAUUUCCAUCAAGCCCUUUGCUGCUAUGUGGACUUCACAGGGGCCCAGAGCCAUUGUCUGCAUGUGUCCGCCCACAAGAUGUUGGACAACACCUCCUACACCCUGUACGAGUUCUGGCAGGAUGAAGCCUCCUGGAGAAGGCACCAGCAGGCACCCUGCAGCAAGGCUUUCCAGCGCAUCCUCAUUGACCACCUUCGGGCCCCGGACACCCUCACCACCAUGUGCUUCCCAGCCUCCUGGUGGAUCAUGAAUAACAACUGAGCCUGACCUGCUUACACCAAGGACCCUGAAGGCCCUGCCUGUGUCUUUCUGCACUGGUCACCACAGCACCAAGACCAAGAACCCUGCCUCCUCCUAGACCUGGGCCUGGCCACCUGGGGGAGGAGCUCAGCCCAAGGACCAGGGACUAGGCUGCUUAUUUAUUUAUUAUCAGUAUAUUUUAUUAUUUGUAGCUUCAGCCUUCCAGACCCCUGGUUUUCCAAGCUCAGGAGACCUGGGCUUGAUCCCCUCUGCCCCUGCCUUGCUGUGUGACUAAGCAGGUCCCUUCCCUCUCUGGUUGGCUAGCAGUAUCCUGCUUUCUUCUGCUGUUUUGGGGCCAGGUUUCUGCUUUUCCCCAACCAGUGGCAGAACCAGGGCUGAUGCUCAGGAACCCUCAACCCCUCGAACCUCACCCUUGAGACUGGGCUGGAUCAGUCUGCCGUGUGGGGUAAGGACCUGGGUGUCCCCUUCACCCUUCUGGGCCCACUCCACUCUUCCAGCACCCCUACUUCAUCUGGGAUCUCUGAAGGAUCCUGGGUUGGUUCUGAUGUCAUUUGCAUAUCAUUUGCAUGCUUAUAUCCCACCCAUUCUCAGGGCACUAUGGAAAGCCCCAAGGUAACCUUGCCAAGUAGCAAUAAUUUGGGCCUAGAGUCACCUGCUGCCCCCAGACACCUCUGAGACCUAUCCUGGGACCCCAGCACAGAGAGAAUAAAGGCAGUGAUCACCUCUGG